GCAUUCUCUGCAGCAUGUGUUGUCCUCACAGUAACAUUAACUGUGCCCUGAAAGGAGGAGGUGACCAGAUGGGUCAGAAGCCCAACUGUGAGAGAUGCUGUAUUUUUAAACCCCAGCAUUCUUGGGUUGUGUCAUCUGAUGCCUCAUGCCUCUCCUUAAAUCCGUGACCUUCUGAAAGGCUUCCUUGCAAGAAAGGGGAGGAAAAAAAGCUGCUGUGCCCUGCCAUCAUAGCAGGUUUUGGUGUGUAAGUGCUUAUUGUAACUUCUGAGUGUUGCUACAAAGUUUGAGUAGGAGCAUCUCCAAAGUGCUCAAACCUGGUAUGUUGAAAAAUCCGAAGCUCCUUAAGGGGUCACAACCCUCAGCCUUUCUUUCCCUGGGUGAGUUUUCCAUCUCCCUCUGCAGAGCACUGGGGCCUGGACAUCCGGUCAGAAGUGGCCAUUAAAGUGCCUUGCAGUCCUGAGUGGCAGUGCUGUGCCCUCCUGCCUGUCCAUGCCUCACCUUGUGUGGCCCCUGGCCCAGCAGCACAGCUUCCCCUGACUGUUAACUCACUUCUCACCUGGGACCAUCUCAGUCACAAAUGAGCAGAGUACAGAUGGUAGAACAGGCCAUUUUGUGGUGAGCUUCUGGAUGAAGGUUGUACCUUUAGUCAAGAAAUACAUAGCUAAUACUCAAGGACAGCCUUUGGGUUCUGUAUUUGCAUGGUGGGGAGGAGCUCUUACUGUGGCUGUACUACUUUGAAGUUGCUCCCUUGCGUUCAAGAUCCUUUUCCUGCAGAUAUGUUCAUUUCUUUUGUUUCCAUAAUAUUUAGGAACUUAAUGUACCUAGUAAUGGACAGGUAAAUGCAAGGCAGCUGCUUGUGUCUUAAUAACAGGCAGCAGAUGAAUAAAUAUGCCAGCCGAGCCCUGCAGAUCUGCAAGAGUGCUGUGACCAAGAUGGGUACUGAACUUUUUUUUGGUUGCAAGAGACAUUUUUAUAAUAAAAGUGGAAAGUCCUGUGAACCAGAAGCAACAGGUGCUGGAUCUCUGCUUGCUUGGCCAGCAACUGUUUUCCAAGCUAGGAAGCAAAGAUGUGUUUGCACGUGACUUCAUAAUGUUGUAGCACUUAUUAGCAUGGCAGCACUUACUCUUUGUGAUGAGGAGGAUACAAGUGUUAGCUGCUUUGGCUGACUGCUGGCUCGGUUUUAAGGAAGUGGAUAUUUCUCUUGCCUUAAAGCUAAAUGGAUAGUUAUUCUGGCAAAGAAAUGUCAGGUUGUUGAAAUGUAGAAGCCUACUACCCUGUAGUACCCUUGGGCAGCAGGAGGCUGUGGUGUGGAUCAGGUAUGUCUGGUAUGAUGGUGGGUGCUCCUGGGGAAAGCCUGCGUGACGUGUGGGAAGAAUGGCCCUGUUAGUCCAUCUGGCACGCUCACCUCACAGGUGAGUUACUGCUGUUGAUGUAAGGUGGAAAUAGUCAGUUCCCAUAUCUGCAGACCUGCCUUCCAUUUCUGUUCCUGCUUCAAUUGUGUUCCCUGACAUUGUGAUGCUGUCACAUCUGGCUGGAUGUGCUGGUGAAGCUGGUACUGUGUCCCAGGGCUGGCUUGAGGGGGUGCCCGUGCCUUUGGGGUUGAUGGGGCAGUGGGCACCAGCACCAGACAUCACUGUGUCUGUCCUGAAAGCAAGUAUCUGUCCUCAGAAUGGCAGUAUAGUUGGUAGGGAGAGAAACGAUGGCACCCAGCCAGCGGUGGGGCAGUGGCUGCUUUUUUGUGGCUGUCAUUGCAUGUGUGCAAGCAAGCUGCUCGGUGUGCUGCCCUACUUGGAGAGCUGUGCUUUGCCUGGGGGCUGAGGAUGAGGAAGUUGAUAGGAGGGGAAUGAGAGCUUGGAUUUCUCUGGCCUCCUUCAGACCAAUCCUACAUGCAGCCAGAGUCCAUGGACUCAAGCAGGAGGUGUCAUGUGCAACUGGUGGUGCUUCCUUCCUGGCAUCUACAGUUACAGUGAGCAAAGCUGGAGGGGCUGGCUUGGUGCUGAAGAUGUUGGUUUUGAUUAUCUGAGAGCUUCAGAGGGCCUGGGCUGGUCACAACGCAGGUCUUGAUAGGCACAUUCAGUUUCCAAGGAAGCAACACAGGCUGGAGUGCAGCAAGAGCAGGCAUGGAUGACCUACUCUGUAGUUAAAUUGGGGGAAACUUCUGGAAUGGUUGCCUUCAUCCUUAUAAGAGACUUUUAACUUCUUAAACUGGGAAUAUUGUACUGCUGUGACAAAGAAGCCUGGGAUGUUCCUAGAGCAUGUGAAACAUAACUUUGUGUUGCAAGUACCAAGUGAGAGCCAGCUAGGAAAAAUGCCUUCCUAGACAUGUUUUAGAACAGAGGAUGCCUUGUGGGAGCUGUGACAGCAGGUGGCUGUCUUGGCUGGAGUGAUGGUGAAAUAGUUCAGAAUUUUUACUGUAAAGGAAAAAGGCUCUUUUAUGCAUGUCAAGAGCAAGAAGGGAUCUAAAGAAAGCACUGGACUGGUUCUUGAUGAAGAUGGUCACUUAACAGGUAGGCAUGAGGAAACAGAAGUCCCUUCUGUCUGUCCAGUUGUAUUGCUUCCAGUAGCAAUUGUUAGGGGGAAUCAUUUUUCCUUGGACAUCCUACAAACAAGGCAUCCUGUGGGUCGCUAUAGCUUCAGUCUUGUGUUGUGCAAGUUCAUGGAAAUCAGAGGUUAGGCUGUUUGGAAUGUGACUGUUCUGGUAUUGUUUGCUGUUAAAAGCUACCUGUAAAUAUGCCCCUUAAACAAGUCUGGAGAUGUGACCAAAAUGCAACUUAGGGCUGUUCUUGUUUGCUGCAUUAUUAUUGGGAAGCUUCAUUUAAAAGGCAAAGGAGUUUGUCUUGUAGUGGGAGAGAUUAUUUUGGCGUGUGUUGCCUUAUGCAAGGGAUGUCAUUUCUUCAGAUUUUUCUAUGGAGAAAGAGGAUGCAUAGGGCACAAAAGUGGUUAGCUAUUUGAGCUCUAUUAAUACACCUCACCUUCACAACCGAUUGUGACUUGGAGAUUUUAAUUCAGUAAAAUUGAGGAUGGUGUGAUUAGGUCUUUAAAGCCAUGGGGAUUGACAAGGAAUACCACUGGUCUAUGUUGAAUCGACCGGAGCAACAAAAUAAUUGCACUUUGUGCCAGACACACACCAGCGGCGUUAGUGUUUAAAUCUAGACCCAAAUACCUUGGCUAUGAUCUUGGCAGUGCUGCGGGUACUGAGCAGGUAAGUUCAGCUUGUGUUUGAACAGGGGCCUCUCAAGGCUGCAGUGGAUUUAAUAUUCUUUUCUGACUCCUGUGCUUUGGUCUUUCAAGAAGCAAUUGCCCAGUUCAGAAGGAGAGGAUCCCAGUACGCCCAGCUGCUUUAAGGGUCAGAGCAGCCCUCCAGGUUAACGCUCUGAAUCUGAAGCUCUUUUGCCUGAAGUCAGUGGGUGCUGCCCAAGGCCAUGCGAGCAGCAGGUUCAUCAUGCCUAGUGGCAUAUAAAAAGACUCCACCUCCUGUCCCACCUCGGACCACAUCAAAGCCGUUCAUCUCUGUCACUGUGCAGAGCAGCACUGAAUCGGCACAGGACACCUACCUGGACAGCCAGGACCACAAGAGCGAGGUGACCAGCCAGUCGGGACUGAGCAAUUCUUCAGACAGCUUAGACAGCACCAGGACACCCAGCGUUACGAGGGGCAGCAUCGUGACUCCAGCGAGAGACACUCCAGAGCUACCGCAGAAAAAUGCAACUUUGAAAAGCGACAAAGGGACUCUGACGAGUGAAGAGCCCAAAGUGGAGAACGUCCCCAAAAGAAAACUGUCAUCUAUAGGAAUACAAGUUGACUGCCUUCAGCCAGUGGUCAAAGAGGAGCCUCCUCCACCAGUCACCAAAUUCCAGUCCAUCGGGGUUCAGGUAGAAGACGAGUGGCGAAACAGCCACUCUCGCAGUAUGUCCUCCAAACAGGAUACAGACUCUGACACGCAGGAACCCAACAACUCUAGCUGUAAAUCAUCUGAGAGAAGCGUUGCUGAGUGCCCCCAACACAACAACUCUGUUGGUGUUGAUACCAGUGCCAGGCAACCAGCCAAGCCCUCACAGAUUAAGAGAAACCUCUCCUAUGGAGACAACACUGACCCAGCCCUGGAGCCUUCCUCUCUCCCUCCUCCUGACCCUUGGCUUGAGACAUCAUCUGCCUCGCCAUCGGAACCCACGCAGCCCGGAGCCUGCCGGCGGGAUGGGUUCUGGUUUCUGAAGCUGCUGCAGGCAGAAACAGAGCGGUUAGAGGGCUGGUGCCGCCAGAUGGACCAGGAGACCAAAGAGAACAAUCUCUCUGAAGAAGUCUUAGGAAAAGUCCUGAGUGCAGUGGGCAGUGCACAGCUACUAAUGUCACAGAAGUUCCAGCAAUUCCAUGGCCUCUGUGAACAAAACUUGAACCCUAAUGCCAAUCCCAGACCCACAGCCCAGGACCUAGCUGGGUUUUGGGACCUCCUGCAGUUGUCCAUUGAAGACAUCAGCAUGAAAUUUGAUGAGCUGUACCACCUGAAAGCUAACAGCUGGCAAUUGGCAGAGACACCGGAGAGAAAGGAAGAGAAGAAACCACCCCCUCCAGUGCCAAAGAAGCCAGCAAAGUCCAAAUCCCAACUGAACCGGGACAAAGCCUCUGAUUCAGACAAGCAGCGCCAGGAAGCUCGCAAGCGUCUCAUGGCAGCCAAGCGCGCUGCCUCUGUGCGGCAGAACUCGGCCACGGAGAGUGCAGACAGCAUCGAGAUCUACGUCCCCGAGGCACAGACACGCCUUUGAGCGAAGGGGCAGAGGAAGGAACCGUGUGGUUUUUAUAAGUCAUUAAAAAGGGAAAAGAAAAAAAAAGGUUCUCUCUAAACUAGUGUGAUUUAUUCAGUCUAGAGACAAUGAGCCAUCCUUGAAAAGGGCUCCUGAGUUGGCUUUUUCUCUCAGCUUUAAGUAAUGAAGAUUUUAAACAUAAAAAGAAAAAAAAGAAAAAAAAAUACCCCUCAUUUUCUCACUGGCUGUGGUGUUGCUGAAUGGACUGAACAGACUCCUGGAACCUCCAGCCCCUCAACUUGGAACUUCAAUCUUUUUACUUGUUCUAACUAAUGAGAAUUAUUAGCCUGUUUACAAGAAGAGGACAACAAAACAUGAAGCCUUGAGCACUUGCCAUGCUGUGUUUUUCUUCCUCCUUAGUUCUGUUCUUCCUUCUCAUCCUUUAUUUUUCCCCCUUCUGCACCCUUUCUCCUUCCCUCUGCAUGGCUUUGUUUACUGUGUUAGAAAUAACCUCUCUUCCACAGAGCUCCUGAAGAGAACACCUAUUCAGUGUGUACUACUGUUGCACUCUGCUAGCAAGCAGCCUUUCUUGGUUUUCUUUUUUGUUCUCCUUUUGAUGGGGAUAGGG